CUGACAGUUCUGAAUAACAUGAAAAUUGGUGUGUACGAGAAUAACAAACACGUGCAUUGUCAACGCAACGUCUUUCUAGAGAACAGUGAUACAUUUUCACUUUGAAAUACGAAUAAAAUAUUGGGAAAAAUGAAGGAGAAAAGUAAAAAAUCUGAUAAUUCCGAGGAGCCAUCAACGUCUGAUGGAAAAGAUGGCAUUUGGAAGGAUCCUCGUUUUGCCCAUUUGGUCAGUGAUCCGCGAUUCCGGAACAUUCACAAAUCGACAAAAACAGUCAAAAUUGAUAAGCGGUUCAAGUCAAUGUUCGAAGACGAUAAAUUCAAAGUGAAAUAUACGGUGGAUAAGUAUGGGCGACGUGUGAAUAAGACAUCAACUGAUGAUUUGGAAAAAUACUACGAUAUCGAUUCCGAGGAAGAUGAAGAGGAACAGCGCAAAGAAGAAGUCGAACUGUUUAAAGAAGGUGGUAAUGUGAACGAAUUGCACGAAAGUGAUGAAGAAAUCGCCGAAGACAUUAAAACGAAGCUCAAGGAUAUGAGCGUCGAUUAUGCUCGUGGCGAAAUUCCAUUGCUGAGUGACAGUUCGUCCGACGAUGAGUCGUCGAGUGAUGAAAACGACGAGGAACUAAAAAUCGAGCACGCUUGGGGUGAUUUGGAGAGUGAACAAAGCGAUGAAGACGAUGAGAAUGAUGGAGAUGUAACCACUCGCCGGUUGGCUUUAAUUAAAAUGGACUGGGAUCGAAUUCGUAGUGUGGAUAUUAUGGUAUUGCUCAAUUCAUUUCUGCCACCGGGCGGUUCAAUUCUUAGAGUGUGUAUUUACCAAUCGGACUAUGGAAAAGAGCGAAUGGCUGAAGAAGAAAUGAAAGGGCCUCAAGAGCUAACCGCAAUGAAAUUGAACAGUGAUGAUGAAUUCGAUUCCAACGAUUCAGAAGCAGUCGACGAAAAUGAGGAUGGCGAUGAAUAUCAUAUGGAAAAAUUACGUCAGUAUCAAUUGAACCGACUGAAGUACUACUAUGCAGUUGUUGAAUGCGACACACUUGAAACGGCCGACAAACUGUGGCACGAAUGCAACGGUCUUGAGUAUGAAAGUACAGCCACAAAAAUGAAAAUCAAAUUCAUUCCGGAUGACAUGACCUUUGACAAUCCGAUGAAGGAUCAAUGCACUGAAAUGCCUGAUUUGGCCAAAUACAAACCGCGAAUGUUCACCACAACGGCGUUGCAGCAAGCUAAGGUUGAAUUGACAUGGGAUGAGAAUGAUUUGGAGCGUGCUGAAUUGAAUGAGAAGCUCAACACAGGCAAACUCGGUGAGAUUGCUGAUUCGGAGUUGAGAAAGUUUGUGGCAUACAGUAGCGAAGAAGAGGAGCCUGAUCAUGAUGAAGAUGAUGCUAUCAACGAACAUUCGGAAGCCGAACAAAAGUCCGACGACGACGAUGCUUUUGAAGCUGCUGCACCAAGUAAAAAAUCACACAAAAAGGAAGAUGUCAUAUCGAAGUACAAAAACUUGUUGAACGAUAUCAAUAAAAAAGAGCAAGAGAAGAAAAAGAAUAAGGUCGAAAUGGAAUUUUCAUGGGGAAUCGACACGUUGUCGUCUGCUAAGAAGCACGACAAAGACGACAAAAAGUCGAAAGACGUCGAUUUGAAUCCAUUUGAAAAAUUAAUCGAGAAGAAGCGUGAGAAGAAACGAGCACGCAAGGAGAAAAUACGCCAAUUGAAAAAGGAACAAAAUCAAUCGAACAGUGAUAGCGACAACGAGAGUGAAGACGAUUUACCGGAUGGAAUCGAUUUGAAUGAUCCAUACUUUGCUGAGGAAUUUGCAAACGGUGAAUUUGCCCCGGCUAAAACGAAAAAAUUUAAAAACAAGAAGAAACAAGCAAAGAAAGAUGAAGACGAAAGUGAGGAUGAGCCCCAGAAAGAGUUGGAGUUGUUGUUGGACGAUGAUGACAAUAAGGCUCAUUUCAGUUUGAAAAAGAUUCAAGAACGAGAAAACGAAACGAAAACAUCGAAGAAACGUCGCAAAAAGUUGAAGAAUAAGAAAGACGAAGAAGAUAAGAAAGUGAUGGAAGAUGACUUCAAAAUCGAUACGACCGAUAGUCGAUUCUCUGCCAUUUAUUCAUCGCAUUUGUUCAAUAUCGAUCCAACUGAUUCGCAUUAUCGUAAAACCAAAGCCAUGGAGACUCUCAUUCAGGAGAAGCUUAAACGUAAGAAUAGCGAUACAAAUGGUAAGGGUACCGCUGAUACUGGUGAACCAACGCAGAAGAAGCGCCGAGACGUGGCCGAUAGUAUUUUGAUUAAAAGCAUCAAGAGAAAAGUUCAACAACAAGUCUAAAAAACUGUAUUGCAAUUGAUUUUUCGUAUGAAUAAAAUAAUAAAUGUUCAUUUGUUAGAAGCUUUCA